GGAGGGACUUCAGCACAGGCAGAAAUCAGUCCAGGGCCAGGACAUAGUGGCCAUUCACCAGGAGUGACCACAGAAGGAGGCUCCAUUGACCUCAUGCAGCUGUUGUCCCAGGGAGGUUUCAAGCAGCCUGUGAAACAUCCCAGUAGUGAGGGAGACAGCGGGGACAAAGGCGAGACAAUCGAUGCUGAUGGUGCUGCCGCUGUCAAGAGACUCAUUAGUUUUCAAGAUCCUCGCUUUGGCACAAACAGGGGCUUUAUACCGGUGUCUCUGCCCAGCAACGCCCACUCGGUGAAUGAAAUUGAGCACAACCUCAGAGCCAUGUCUUUCGGAAAAGCCACAGAAAACUCCAGACCUGACAUUGUCAAUGGGGAGAAGAAUGAGGGCCCAGAUGCCAGUUUGGCAGUGAAUCUCGGCGGUUUCCCUCUGUUGAAACCCAGUGACCUAGACCCAAGUCUUGCCAAGCCAAAAGCA